GCCAUAACCUGUACGCGUGCACCUGUGUCGUUUCGAUUUUCAAAAUGGCGUGCCGAGUGUGAGAGGCAGGGCGAGGACUCGCCGCGCCUCGUCGUCGUCGUCGCCGUCGCGACAUCCGGUGUUACCCUGUCGUCGGGUCGCGAGAGCACGUGCGUACAUACGGUGCCGCCUCGUGCGCGAAGUUGCCCCCCUCGUGAGAGAGACGUUAUGCCAUCGCACGCGCGCAGGACGUAGGGAAAGUCUUUUCUUCCACGUUUCUUUUCCUUUUCUUCUUAUUUUUUUUCCUCUACCCUUCUGUUACUUUUCGUUCCUUGAUGGAGAUCCCGAUGGAGAUCUCGAUGGAAAUCUUCCUGACGGCGUUCUCCGUGAUAUUCAGUCUAUUAAUAGUGUUCCUCCUUGUUGUGAUAGGUUGGUACUUAGUCUGGACGUUCUUCCUAUCACGAUUCCGCUUCGUCAGAGAAUUAACUGGGAAUGGAAUGAGCGAAUCGUCGUCGGUUAACGAUUUGAAGAACGGUCGCGCACGCAUAAAGAAACUUCGCCGUGAUUAAAUAUAAUAUUGGAGCUACUCUCUAAUAACCAUAAUAACGAACGCAAUAAUUGUAUAAAGCAAAAUUGAAUCUUGGAUAUCACACGAUAGAAUAU